UAGAAGAGUAGAAGAAGAUAUGAAAAAGGUAAAUGAAUAAUUUAACUAUGGGCUCAUCUAGGCCCAAUUGAUGAUGUAAACCGGUCGGUUUGGGAAAUGGAAACAAAGAGAAGAUGUAUGUGUUACUGUAGUAUUAGGUUAUGGGCUUAUUGUAAAUUGUGAUUGCUUGAGUAUUCAUUGAUGCAGAUGUGAUACAUUUAUACAAGAGUUAGAUCCUAUGAUUACGGGAUACACAAGAUACUUGAUAAAGAUAUCUCUAGAAUGAUAAGUAUAUAUCUCUAGGAUAUCGUUAGAAUAUUCACUUAUGACGCGUUCGUUUUCCUGCUGAAAUUUGGACAUCGGAGUUAUAAAUUCUGCGCCGUUGAAUUCACGAGAGUAAGUAGAAAGAGAAAUUAAAUCGAUGGAGAAAACUCAGAAACUCCUGAGAAAAGAAAUCAAACGAAGAAGAAGAGAGUUUGAGAAAAUUCAUAUACCUAACGAAAUCGUCGAAGAAAUCAUGGUGAGGCUUCCGGUGAAAUCGCUCACGAGAUUUCAAAGUGUGUCGAAAUACUGGAGAACUCUGAUCACGUCCAAGGAUUUCGGGGAAAGACACAUGGCUCUUGAGAAAAGCAAAGGAUGCAAACUCAUUUUUGUCUGUGAUGAUUUUGAAGAUCGUGCGGAGGACACUCUGUUUUUAAAAACAGUUGCCUUGGAGAAGACGUCAGCUUCUGAGGGAGAUGAACAAGCUUUCGAAUUCCAAGGAUUUAAUGGGUUUCUGGAUAUUUCCGAGAGCUGUGAUGGCCUUAUCUGCUUCUACGACACUAAAAGAGCAGUGGAAGUUAUGAAUCCGGCCACAACAAUGUUCAUACAACUCCCUCUAUCGAGAAUUCAACGGCUUUGUAUAUACAAAUAUCCAAACUCGGAGGUUCAAGAUCCAAAUCCUGUUCCAGACCCAAUCAUGUCAUGUUCUCAGUUGGGGUUUGGGAAAGACAGCGUUAAUGGAAGUUAUAAACUAGUAUGGAUGUAUAAUACUUCUCCUGCUACUCCUCCUACGUGCGAGGUUUUGGAUUUAGAGGGAAAAAAAUGGAGGUUCGUGAAUACUAAUACUCUUGAUCAUCAUAAGAUCUUGUUCAAUCAGAGGCCAGUGUUUGCAAACGGAUCACUCUACUGGCUCACGGGAGAUGAACAAGGAUAUGCAACAACACAAACCAAACUCAUAGUUUUCGAUAUUCACACAGAGAUGUUUCAAGUCAUCCAAACACCGCCUUUUUUUACCCAUGAUGCAUCUGGUGACAAGAUUGGUUUAUGCAAUCUUGAUGGUCGUCUCUGUAUCUCUGAGUUGAAGAAAGAUUGCAAGCAGGAGUUUUGGUGGAGAAUUGAAGACACCAACACAUGGGAGAGGAUCUUCUCGGUUGAUUUGCUUUCUACUUCCACUUGGUUUGGUGGUAUCACCUGGCAGCCUCUCACACCUUUAACCAUCUCUAGGGACACCAAUAAAGUCAUUCUCUCACUUCGCUAUCAAGAUAAUCUCGUUGCCCUCGAUCUUGAUCCUAACUCUUCAGUUUGUCAUUUGUAUUUUUCUGGUUACUACGGCUUAGUAUGUCCUUAUUUUCCAAGUUUUGUCACUUGCCAUUGAAGUUUUAGCAAGUUUGUAGCUCUUUCAUAGAGAAAAAUAAAAACCGGCCAUUUUAAGUUCAUUAUCCAAUAACUUGAGAAUGAAAAUCAAAUU